UGUGUGGACUAAUCAGUAAGUAAUUGACAACGAGUCGAGUAGUGAAUCAAGUGAUUAAAAAAUGGCAUCCGCGACAACGUCGCACAAUGAGGUUUCGCAACAAUCUUCCGUCAACAAACUUAUACGAGUUGGAUAUUAUAAAUUGGAGAAGACAAUUGGCAAGGGUAAUUUUGCCGUUGUUAAAAUGGCCACUCACGUCGUUACUAAAUCCAAGGUAGCCAUUAAAAUAAUUGAUAAAACCAAAUUGAGUGAAGAAAAUUUAGCUAAAAUAUUUAGAGAAGUUCACAUAAUGAAAAGGCUGAGACAUCCCCACAUUAUCAGAUUAUAUCAAGUAAUGGAAACAGAAAAAAUGAUAUACUUAGUGACGGAGUAUGCCCCUGGAGGUGAAAUAUUUGAUCAUCUUGUUAGAUAUGGUAGAAUGUCAGAACCAGAAGCAAGAAGAAUUUUUAAACAAAUUGUACAGGCAGUGCAUUAUCUCCACCAGCAAAGAGUAGUUCAUAGAGAUUUAAAGGCUGAGAAUUUAUUACUUGAUGCUGACAAUAAUAUUAAACUUGCUGAUUUUGGAUUUAGUAAUGAAUACACGCCUGGCAUGCCUCUCAGUACUUGGUGUGGAUCACCACCUUACGCGGCACCCGAAAUAUUUGAAGGAAAACAUUACGAUGGACCACGCUCUGAUAUUUGGAGUUUAGGAGUUGUUUUAUACGUUUUAGUUUGUGGAGCAUUGCCAUUUGAUGGCCCUACAAUGCAAUUGUUACGUUCAGUUGUAAUUUCAGGAAAAUUUCGGAUACCAUUUUUUAUGUCUGCAGAGUGUGAGAAAUUAAUAAGGCAUAUGUUAGUCGUGGAACCAGAACGACGACUUAGUAUAACACAAAUUCUUGCACAUCCGUGGAUGGGUGGAGAUGGAGUUACGGAAUUGGAACCCGGAGGAUGUACAGAAUUAACACAUCCGCCACCUUUGAAUCAAGUAGUUAUAGAGAACAUGUUGAGAUUACCAGGACUUAGUGCGGAAACACUACUCAAGUCUGUUCAAGGAAAUGCCUUCGAUCAUGUUUCAGCGAUAUAUCACUUGCUUGCAGACCGUAUCGAAUCAACAAUGUCUAGUUUACCAAGUAUAAACAAUUUCCCUGGAGAUUACAUGCCUGAUGGUGCUCAUCAACUGGAAAAAUUCGGCGAAACAGAACAAGAUGUUGAUGUUGAAAGAGCAGAAAAAGGACUUUAUUUACCUUUGGGAACAUCAUAUCAUGCGACGAGAAGACAUACCGUUGGACCAGGUGAUACAGCUCAUCAGCCAACAUCUCCAUAUCCGUAUGCUUGUAAUUAUUCACCUGGUUAUCCAACUUUUGGAUUGUUACCUAUUAUGCAGUGUAAUACUGAUGGUCAAGUGUUACCACAAACAAAUCUACCGUUAAAUCUUCCACUCGUUCAACAUCAACCACCACAAAAUUUCCAAAUUAAAGAUCAACAUUUAUUAAAACCACCACCAGUCAUGGGUGCCACAAGUAGUUUUGGUAGAAGAGCAUCAGAUGGUGGUGCAAAUCUCCAUGUUUUUUAUCAACAACAUCAUGGUAGUAGUAGUGGGAACGGAGAAGAAGGUGGAUGGAGUCAUCCUGGCAGUAGAGAACAUCUACAAUCUAGUGGUAGCCCAUCACUUGGACAGUGUUCUCAAACAUUAAGUGUUAGUGGAAGUCCUGAUAGCAAUGGUGGAGGUAGUGCGAGUUCAACAAGUGGAAGUGAUCGAAGAAGACGUUCUGGUCUUACAGCUGUGAUGCAACGACCAGUAAUAAACCCAGAAUUGGUGAUGGAAGUGGAAGCUAGGAUGAAUAGAGCAUAUGUGCCAUCAAGAUUGCUGCCUUGUCACUUACGGGAUUUCCCACCACGUUCCCUUCACUUGAGGAAAAGCUCACUAUAUCCUGCAGCAGUUGCAGGCGGUAGAGACUCGUACAAAGAACCAAGCGCACACGUCACCACGGAGCGAUAUUCCCCGGUUCGGAGAGCAUCGGAAGGGUCAUGCCCACCAGGUCCUGGCAUCCAGGCGCUUCAACAAGAGUACCAACAACUUCAAAGACUGGCAUCCCCUUCACACAGUCCGGCAAGUAUACCUGGAUCUCCGGUGCACGAAAGAGGAGUUGCGGCCAUCACUCAGGGACUUAGUGGUUUAACAACGGCGACAGUACCAGGUAGCAUUAUACACGGAACCCCAACCCAGGCACCAGCAACACCUUUAGAUCUAAGUCCUUUAAGACAUCACAGAUCUCCAGCAACUACUCCUGUUAGUUAUUCCCCAAGUAAUAGUCCCGCUUUGGACAUGAUACAAGAAGAGCAUCCAGUCGAUAUUACCAGAGUACCACCGCAAAUAUCCGUAACCGACGUUUUAGGGGAACAAGUAACACUGGUGGGAUGUCCGUUAUCACCUUCACCAUCACUCGACUCACUUGAAGAUAAUAUUUCGCAGUACAAUCCUCUACCGAGUUUUAUAAUAUCAGAACCAUGUGAUCCAUCGCGGCCGAGCAUCACUCGUGGGAUUGGACGGCCAUUAAAUUCACCGGUGCCUACUGAAGUGGAAGUUACUUUAUCAAAUGAAUCAAGCCGACUGAAUUCAGAAACUAUACUUGGUCGAGUUAAACAGAUUAUUGAUGCACGAGCACCUCCAAAGGGUUUUAUAUUUUCGCGAGAAGAAGUUGAAGGUAGUGGACUUAGUCUUGAAUAUCCAGGUGGUGUACAAAUAGAACUAAGAGUUUGUGAAUCAGAAGAAAGGGAAGUUAAAGGAAUUAAAAUGCGACGAAUUAGUGGAGAUCAAUUGCAAUAUAGUCAACUUUGUGAGCAAUUAAUCUCAUGUAUUACCGUUUGACAACAAUUCAUUGAGAUAAAUAACAAAAAUAUUCUCAUAAUUAUUGUUAUGUGUAACAUUUACAGAUGAAUAUACUUAGAUUAUUACAUUCCGGGUGCCUCGAAAACACCUAUCUACGUACAGUAUUGCAUUACGCAUGCUGCAUAUAUACGUGUGGUACGUUAGACAUUAUCUUGUUUCACGUCUAUCAUAUUCGUAUGUGCAACUUUAAAUAUAUAAAUACACAUUACAAAUAUUCUACCAAUUUUAUAUUAUUAUUAUGUUCUUUUUCUAAUCUAAUUGUGCUGAAGACUUGAUUAUUAUUACUAUUGAAAAAUAUUUAGAUUAUUUAAUAUGUAAAUUAAAUGACGUGCCAUGUCAUUUUCCAACUCGAUAAUUAUUAUUUGGACCUAUUUCCGUGUAAACCAAAGUUAUCAAGUUCUAAAUAAGAGGGGGGAAGGGGAAAAAGUAUAACUGAUGAUCUUUCAUAAUCACAAAACCUCAAUUGAUGAUAAAUUAAAGAUACUCCUUACGUGAGAAUAAUAUCAUCAAUUCAAUAAACUAUUAUUAUCUCAAUGAUAUAUCAAUAAAUAUGGUUUACUCUUAUUUCUAGGUUGUAAUAUUAUUUUAUUCAUGCAAAUAGUUGACUGUAGUUGUAAAUAUGUUGUGAUGGAAAAAGGAUAAGAAAAACAAAAAAAUAAUUUAUGAUGUAAGAAAUUCUAUUGUGCUUUUAACAUUAUCUAUCAUUACAAUGUUGUUAUGUUACAAUCCAUAUCAUUUAUAAUUUUUGGAACUUACCAAUGUAUAAAAAAAUAUUACAAUUAAUUUAAUUUUUUACCUUACAUUACUGAGAAAUGUAUUGAAGGCAAAAAAUGAAUAUACAUUCCACAAUCAUUUUGUUUUAUAUAAUGUUUGAGAAAACAAUCAUAAAAUGUUAUAUAAUUUACAUUUAUAAUAAUGUAACUGAAAAUGUAAAGAACAUUUCUUCAUCAAAAUUACAAUUGUGUUAAAACCUACUAUUUUAUUAAAUCAUAUGAUUUAAUAAAAGAAUUUGAUCAAUUUAUGAUAAUUCAUAUAAUCAUUGGAUACAUUGUAACCCAUUGAAGAAAGUGUUCCAAUAAUUGUUCUUUAAAGGACUUGGUAUUAUUGAACAUCAUUCAUUAAUUAUUGUAUUGAGAUAGUGAUGAAUAGAAAUAAGUUUAGAUCAAUGAAGUACGCACAAACAAAGUGCAUAUCGUGAGUAUAUAUACACGAUGUAAUAAUAGAUUAGACAAAAAAUGUGAAAUGCAUGAAAAUCUUUUUUUAAAUGUACAUAUGUGAGAGUGUUAGCAUAUAGGUACUUGAUAAUUAAACGUGUGAGUAAAUAAACACGUUUGUUAACAAGUACCAUACAGUGAGAUAUGCUAUGUAUAUUGCAAAACCAACACAAAAAAA